AUCUGGCUGGGAGCAAGGGCCGGCUCCUGCCAGCUUAGGGAUGGCUCCGGGAAGUGCUGUGCAAGGCUGAGGUGGGAUUGCAGCCCAGGCACAGCGUCCAGCCGGGGUCUGGAAUGGCCAGGCGCUGCCUCCCAGGCACUCCUCAGAUCAGAAAAAUACAGAGCGCAAAAACCCAGCUGCAAAUCAUCAUCGGGUGUUGCUGGAGCGGGGAGGGAGGGCCAGCUACAAACCUGUGGGUUUACGGGGGGCUCGGCGAGCCCGCAGGUGCCGAGAAGAGAAGGCAGACGUGGGGUGGGGGUCCCGGAGCAGCCCCGCAGCCGGGCCUGCAGCCCCCCAGCCCCACUGCCCAACCGCUGCAGCCCAGCUCUCCGGCCGGCGAUGCCGUGGGGCUGGGGGCUGCGGCUGCUUCCCCGCCAGCAGACCCGGGGUGGCCGAGCCACGGCGGGCAGACAACAGGCUCUGGCUGUUUUCUCAUCCUGCAGGAAUUCGACUCCAUGGGCCGGGCAUUUUUUUUCCCCUCCUUUCACUCUCUCUCUUUGGAGACUUUCCGCAUUCUGCCUUUGAUCUCCCCCCUGUGUUUGCCCAGUCGAUCGGCUCAGACGGGGUUAGAGGCUGAGGUCAGCGCCUUUUCCAUUCCAAACACCCAGAAACAUCAGUGAGAAGGGAGGGGAUUCAGAUUACAACCUUCCCGUCCUCCCCUUCCACCCCUGCCCCACACGCAGGCUGCACCCCAGCCCCACUGCCCGCUCCCGCCGUGCUGGGAGCCUGGCCCUGCCGCCGCUGCCACAGCUUUGGGGUGCCAGGCAUGGAGUGAGCCCCCCGCCAGCACGGGGACACCGGCGAGGCUGAGCCACCGCUGCGCGAUGCUGUCCCCAUCACCCUGAGAGCUCAACGAUGGACGGAGGUGCCGGGCAGCAUCUCCAGAGAGACAGCAUGCUCCAGGCGUGCUAAACCGCAGAGCCUCGCAGCAGGGCACAGGGCAGCCAGAUGCCUCGCCGGAGUUUCGGCCGCCCGGGACCCAGGUCGCGCGCAGGCAGGCGGCAGCUCGGCAGGGCUGAGCCGAUGCGUGCGGCGCUGCUCUUGCCCUUGCUGGCCGCCGCCGCCGCCGGGCUGAGCCUGCAGCCGGCCAGGAUGCGGCACCUGGGGGUCUGCCCCAACCAGCUGAACCCCAACCUGUGGGUGGACGCGCAGAGCACCUGCGAGCGGGAGUGCCAGGCCGACCAGGACUGCGAGGGCUUUGAGAAGUGCUGCACCAACGUCUGCGGGCUACGCAGCUGCGUGGCCGCCCGCUUCGCCGACGGCAGCCUGCCGGCGCUGGAGCUGGGGCGCGGGCCCUCGUGCGAGAGCUUCGUCUGCGCACAGCAGGGCUCCGACUGCGACAUCUGGGACGGGCAGCCCGUCUGCAAGUGCAAGGACCGCUGCGAGAAGGAGCCCAACUUCACCUGCGCCUCCGACGGCCUCACCUACUACAACAAGUGCUACAUGGAUGCCGAGGCGUGCCUCCGCGGCACGCGCCUCACCACCGUGCCCUGCAAGUACAUCUUCACCUGGCCCGACACCAGCCCCGUGCCGCGGGAGACGACGGCGCGGCCUACGCCAGGCGCCGGCCCCGAGGUGCCGGUGCCCCCCGCCCUCUACAGCAACCCCUUCCACCAGUCGGUGCGCGCCGGCGGCACCGUCAGCUUCCGCUGCGACGUCAGCGGCCGCCCGCGGCCCGACAUCACCUGGGAGAAGCAGAGCGACCGGGCCGAGAACUUCAUCAUGCGGCCGGACCAGAUGUACGGCAACGUGGUGGUCACCAACAUCGGGCAGCUGGUCAUCUACAACGCCCGCCAAGAGGACGCCGGCAUCUACACCUGCACCGCCAGGAACGCCGCCGGGCUGCUGCGCGCCGACUUCCCGCUCUCGGUGCUCAAGCGGGAGCCCGGGGGGGCCCCGCGAGCCAGCAGCCCCCAGCCCUUCCCCAGCGCCGAGUGCCUGAAGGAGCCCGACCGGCGCCGCUGCGAGGCCCUGGAGGUGCGCUGGCACUUCGACGCCAAGCAGGGCUCCUGCCUCACCUUCCGCUACGGCGGCUGCGGCGCCAACAGGAACCACUUUGAGACGUAUGAGGAGUGCCGUGCCGCCUGCCUGGGCAGCGCCCGGCCCACCUGCCUGCUGCCCAUGGUGCAGGGCCCCUGCCAGAACUGGGAGCCCCGCUGGGCCUACAACCACCUGCUGAAGCAGUGCCACUCCUUCGUCUAUGGCGGCUGCGAGGGCAACAACAACAACUUCGACAGCAAGGAGACCUGCGAGGACGUAUGCCCCUUCCCCAAGAGCCUGCAGUGCAAGGCCUGCCGCCUCAAGAGCAAGAUGGUGCUGAGCCUCUGCCGCAGCGACUUCGCCAUCGUGGGGCGGCUGAUGGAGAUCGUCGAGGACCAGGACUCUGGCAUCGCCCGCUUCGCCCUCGAGGACGUCCUCAAGGAUGAGAAGAUGGGCCUCAAGUUCUUCAACAUCAAGUAUCUGGAAGUGACCUUGACCGACAUGGACUGGAGCUGCCCCUGCCCCAACAUGACGGCCGAGGACGGGCCGCUCAUCAUCAUGGGCGAGGUGCACGACGGCAUGGCCACGCUGGACCCCAGCAGCUACGUCCGGGCAGCCAACGACAAGCGGGUGAAGAAGAUCUACGAGCUGAUGGAGAAGAAAACCUGCGACCUCCUCAACCGCUUCCAGGACUAGGGGCGAGCCAGGAUGCGCAGACGCGGGGGCUGUGGGGCUGCAGACCCCUGCCGGGGGAGGGACUGCACAGCCAAGCCCGCAGCUUUUAUUUAGCAGUUAUCACCAUUUUGUAGUUCCCUCCCCUGUAAUUUAUCUGUCUGCAUGCCCUCCCUGUGUACCCCCAGCCUGGGCAGCAGCAAUAAAAGACUGGGCUGGGU